UCCACCAUCCAGUACGUCAUCUGUUGAUCAAAAGCCAUCAACAUUUAAGUGUCAUAAAUGUACAAAAAGUUAUCGUUACAAACAUGGUUUAUGGAGACAUGUUCGGUAAUUUUCCCAAAACAAAGAGUCAUAUGUGUAUUAAUUGUGGCAAAGCUUAUGUAUAUUCUCAUGAUCUAAAACGACAUCAACGCAUUGAAUGUGGCAAUAAAGAGCCAUUGUUUCAAUGUCCUAUGUGCCCAAAGAAAUGUCGCUACAAAUUUGCAUUACAAUCACACAUCGCCAAUAGACAUCGUCUGAUUUUACCUUAGAAAUUUGUAAUAAUUUAUCAAACUCAUUUUAACUAACUAAUUAAUUAAAAAUUUUAUGUUAAACCACUAUAUGCUUAUGUGCAUUUUAUGUAUUAUCUUGUAUUACAUUUACUAUAGACUAAUAAAGA